CUCCAAGCCCCCUCCGCACCGUUUUGUUUCCUCUCUCUCUCUCCAGUCUCCACCGAGCCGAAACUCCAAACCAAAACCCUCUCUUGUCUCCAUUCUGUUUUAUUUCUCUCAACAAGCGGAGAUCGCUUCGAUAGACUUAUCAGCAUUCUCUUUGUCGCGCUGAGAGUAGCUUCUCUCUUCUCCUUCCUUGCUGAAGAUUUCUAUUGUGUUGGUUUUGUUGGACUUGUUUAGCCUGGAGAGAUGUCGGACGACGAGGCAAAGGAGGAGAAAGAGUUGGAUCUCACUUUCCCUGAUGUCGUCACCAAGUACAAGUGUGCCGCCGAGAUCGUUAACAAGGCUCUCCAGCUGGUAAUAUCAGAGUGCAAGCCGAAAGCCAAAAUUGCAGACAUUUGUGAGAAGGGAGACGCCUUCAUUAAAGAGCAAAGCGGCAAUGUGUAUAAGAACGUGAAGAAAAAGAUCGAGAGGGGUGUAGCAUUUCCGACAUGCAUCUCUGUGAACAACACUGUUUGCCAUUUUUCGCCACUCAGCAGUGACGAGACUGUUUUGGAAGAAAAUGAUGUUGUGAAAAUAGAUAUGGGGUGUCAUAUAGAUGGCUUUAUUGCCGUGGUGGCCCACACACACGUCCUUCACGAGGGACCAAUCACGGGGAGGGCAGCGGAUGUAAUUGCAGCUGCAAACACUGCAGCAGAGGUUGCUUUGAGGCUCGUAAGGCCCGGAAAGAAGAACAAAGAUGUUACAGAAGCUAUUCAGAAAGUAGUUGCUGCCUAUGAUUGCAAAAUCAUUGAAGGAGUGCUUAGUCACCAGCUUAAACAGUUCGUCAUUGAUGGAAACAAAGUCAUUCUUAGUGUAUCUAAUCCUGAGACUAGAGUUGAUGAUGCAGAGUUUGAAGAAAAUGAAGUCUAUGCAAUUGAUAUAGUCACUAGCACAGGUGAAGGGAAGCCAAAGCUCUUAGAUGAGAGACACACUACCAUCUAUAAAAGAGCUAUGGACAAAAAUUAUCACUUAAAAAUGAAAGCAUCAAGAUUUAUUUUUAGUGAAAUAAAUCAGAAGUUUCCAAUCAUGCCAUUUACUGCAAGGGCAUUGGAAGAGAAGCGUGCUCGGCUGGGGCUAGUAGAGUGUGUCAACCAUGAGCUUUUGCAGCCAUACCCUGUUCUGCAUGAGAAGCCAGGAGAUCUUGUUGCUCAUAUCAAAUUCACGGUAUUGUUGAUGCCAAAUGGGUCUGACCGGAUAACCUCCCAUCCGUUGCAAGAGUUGAAGCCUACCAAGUCCAUUGAUAACAAUCCUGAGAUCAAGGCGUGGCUUGCUUUGGGCACAAAAACAAAGAAAAAAGGUGGAGGAAAGAAGAAGAAAGGCAAGAAAGGUGAAGCUAAAGAUGAUUCAGCAGAGGCAGAACCCAUGGAUGAAGCAUCAAAUGGUGCACCUUCCCAAGGAUGAAAAAUUACAGUUUUGGUGUUUUCCUCCAUUUACUGUUAGAAUUUUCUAGGUGCCUUGAAGAUUUUCAUCGUAUUUGGAUAUACAAAAUUUUAGGAUGUUUUAAAUAUGAGAAAGAUAGCUGUGUUGAGAAAGUCACCGAAGCUUCUGCAGGAUUAUGACAUGGUGGCAGAAUAAAAUCUUUGUAAGAUGCAGAAGCUUUGAGUACUUUGGGAUGUGUUAGUUUAAGAACAAAAAGAAGGUGCUAAUUCUGACUAGUA